ACGCUAUCUGCGGACUGAAUACCGGUUACAGGUCCUCGAAUGAAACCAAUUUUACGCCAACCUAGGUUGUCUCAUGUAUGCAGUGGAGGCCUCAGAAGCACGGCAGCGAAUGGCCAGGUUAAACAGCGGUAGCCCUGGCCUUUGCAAGGGGCAAAGGAAUGGACAGGAAGAUCUCGUCAAGUGCGAGCACCCAAUAAGACAUCCGCACGCCCUCUCGCUCCUCAAUAGGGCAAUUUCUCAAUGUGACGGAUGCUGCUACUGCACCUCGUCAAUUGGCUACCGUGGCCUUGAUUCAAACCAGGCCAUGCAGUCUCGGUCCUUUUGGGGCGUAUUCCUGCGUUACGAUCUGUCACCACCAGCUCUUCUGGGAACCCCAUUAGGCAGCCUGGAAAUUGAUAGCAUUCUGUUUUUCAGAUGAAACCCAGUGCGCCAAUUUCUUGUCACAUGGACGGCCACCUCCUUAAGCGCUGUAUUUCGUGAUUUUCUCUGAGCUGGCGUUCGGAUUUGUUGAUACUGUUGUCGGAAACCCCGAAAUUACAGAUUGCUCCAAUUCACUCACUAAACAGAUUCCUUCGUGACAAUUUAAUGACUCACCAAACUCGAUUACCUGCUGAUAACAGGGCAGGCUCCCACCUUUUUGCGUAUUGCUCGGUAAGAUUCGAUAGGUAUACGCUCUUUGCGUCCCACGCACAACAGGUAUGACGGACAAAGUACCCACGGCUUGGAGAACACAAAUUUGUCGCACAUUAUAGGCUUGACAUCAAGCCAGUAACGAGUAAUAAACGACACAUUAAUGUUGAAGUCAGAAAGAGAGCGGGAGAGAGUCCGUCACUAUUCCUAUUGCUGAGCCCAGCCGG